AUGGCUUUUCUUCGAAAAAAGAAGGUUAAAUUCAGUGUUGCAUUGGUCGUGGAAAAAUUGACUGAUGUUCCGUUAUUAAAUGCUGUGAUAUUUGCAAAGGUUCGUCUACUCGAAUGUGGUUCUUUUGUUGGCACUACAUUGCAUAGGCCUGUCUGUUCCCACCAAGUUGAUUUUAUGAGUCCAUCAGUUUCAAGACGGUUUAAUAGUUCUGCACCUUCAAAUAUUCGCAUGAGAAGUAGGACAAACAGUGGACAAAUUUAUCCAAAUGCAAAUGUUCAUAGGCGCAGUACAACAGACAUAAUUGAUGGAUCCUCUAUUGCCUCUUCCAUGAAUUCUUUACAAGAACAACAACAACAUUAACAAUUUUCUUCGUCUCCAGCUUCUCAUAGAAAAUUUCAACAAAUUGAAAGGCGACAUUCUUUAACUGAACGUUCUCCACGUGAAUUAGACGAUGCGCCUCGUAAAUGGGACGAUUUCGAGGAAGCUUUAAAAGCACAAGCAGAAAACAGCCAAAUUGAUGAAGCAAGUUACCAAAAAUUUUUGGAGCAAAUUGAAGCGCGCAAUCGAAAAUACAAGCAUUUAUUAGUAGAAGAAUAUGGGAUUAAAAAUGAAUUUGAUGAGCUAAUACAGAAUAGAAGUCGCGAUUCUGAUCAGCCUGAAUACUUUAUCGUUGAACUUGGAAAUUUGGCUUAUGCUGAAAAGAACAUACAACCAUUUUCUUUUUAUUGUUAUAUCCCUUAUGAUUCUAAAUAUUCAGGAGAACUUGAGGCCUGUCGAUGCAAAAUUUCAU